AUCGAUUAUGUAUUAUAAUGAAUAAAUUUUAUGCAAAUUUUUCAAAUUUUGUUAAAAAUUUUAUAACUAGGGAAUUUUUAAGGUUUGAUUGAAUGGUGCCCUCUGGAAACGCCUAUAUGACGUUCGGCUCUGGCCGCUCGGCAUUUGGCUGCUGCCUUUGGCUACUAGCUUCAGUUACAUUAAUACCUAAGAAGAUAUUUUAUGUAACGGGAGUUGUAUUUUAAUAAUUUUUUUAUACAUCUAUCAUAUUAGCUAGGUGUUCAAAAACGGGUUCUUGCGCCUCUCCCAAGAAUUUCCUUUCCGGCCGGGAAUGUGUAACAAGCUGGAAUAUCAAGAUCGGUAAUCAGUUGCAGCGAUAUUACCACUUCAUAUCCUGUCGAAGUCCCGUACUGGGUCAACCAGCCAAAGGGGUUUUACGCUUGAUGUGGUUUUCUAGUUUUCAACUUUCUAAAAUCGAUGCGAAGCUAAAGUAAAGCAGAUGACUGUACAAACCGGUUACGGAAAAGAGGUUGCACCGCUAAUAUGUGUGUGCAUGAUAUCCUGAUUCCAUCUGAAGACUGCAAUGGCGUUAAUAGGUCAAUCAAUCGCCUUCUAUCCGCUUCUUGUUGUUAUUCUUUAUCAGGUUUUGUUGGCUAUUAUAUAACACUCAAUUUAUAACAGCAUGUAUUUUCUUACACUAUUUUUUAUUCUUGGAAUAAUUUACAAGAUUUUAUAGUAUACGAACCCGACUAAGCAUCUUCUUUCUUCAUGCUUCUUAAUAUUCGAUACUAAAUUUCUUCGCAGUAGAGGUUUAAAUUAAAGUCAUAAAUUGAAAUUACACUGGAGAUAAUGUUAUAUUACCUUAAAUUGUAUUUCUAGAUUUAAAUUUGAGGAAAUUAUAAAUUUUUAAUUAAGUUUAAAAUAAGAAGGUUAUUAGGAGAUUCUUUUGUAAUAAAAAAAAUAGAUGCGAUAAUGUUAAAAUCAUAUGGAUUGUUAUAUAGAUCUUUUUAACAAGAAAAUAUCUUCUAAAAAAGCAAAUUUGUACGCCCAAUUUUACUUAAUUUCCGCUUUACAAAGAGAUGAUUUACGAAUUAUAACGUUACCUGUGAUUAUCUGCGAUAAAAAACUGAGCGGUCGUUGCGGGUGGGUGCACCGGAAAAUGUAACGUUUCCACUGGCCGCGAGGAAUGUCACAAUUAUGUGGAGAAGAAUGUCGCGAAGAAGACCCUUCGUUGAAUCUUUAUAAUAGGUAACGGAAGGACAUUAUCACAGUCAUUGCGGCACGUGCUACUGUUCGCUCCCUUUCUGCAAAUUUGACAUAAAACUUCUCGCUUUGUGAUCACAUUAUAUAGAACGAAAAUGUAGUAUACAACGUUUAAUAUGAUGCGGUUCACCACUGUUUCUGCAGCUAAGCCUAAAGCUAUCGUGAAAUAUCUUUUUGAUUGUCUGGUAGUUAUUAGGCUGACAGCUUAUUCGUGCAGCUGCUGAUAUACCGUUAAAAUUAUAUUCUUAUUUAGUCAAAAAUAAAGAUUCAAGAUCUUCAUUCCAAUGGAUCGAUUGGACAAAAUAAUUAAAUUGGGACUUUUAAAAUAAUUUGAUUUUUUUGUAUACAAAUUAUGCUUAUUAAAUAAAUAAUUUUUUGCAAAUAUGAAAAGACAUGAAAUGAUUAGCGAAGAAAGUUAAUAAAUCCAUUGUAAAGUAUCUUUGCGAUAUUAUUGAAUAAUCUUUUUGGUACUCUUGUCUCAGUUUUAAAAUAUUCGGUUUAAUGUCUCACGAAUUUUAUGGUAUGAUGAGUUUGUUUUAUUAUCAUUAUACAUGAAACUUCCACGACUAGCCAGCGCGACUCGGUGAGUUCUCGAGUGUCUCUUGAGACGUCGUAUCGCAUCGAAUGCAGCAGCAAUCUCUGCACAGUAUUAUCUAAGCCAUGGACCGUUACCCCCACCGACCUAAAUGCACGCCGUAUAAAUGGUCAGAACACCUUCUAACCACUGUCAGUGAGCGUGUGCACCUAAUCUUGCCUUUCUGCAACGUGCAUCAUCUUAUAUUAUUCGGUGAAGAGAGUGUGCGAUAUUAUGCGAUAAUUAUUCGUAUCUUCACGAAACAUCACUUAUGAUUUUUUUUGAUUAAUUACGGAAUUCUCUUUCAAUGCGGUGCAUCUCGAUGAUUCAUUUAGUUAACGCUGUUCUUACGAUUAAUAAUGACUAUACAAGAAUUCGAAGCGAGAUAGGUGAUCGUCGCUAUUGUUUGCAAUGAAGUAUAAACCGGUUGAUCGAAGCUAACAAAAUUCUAAUCCUUAGUGCAAAGUUAAAAUUAUUGAUCUGAAUUAUGAAGUGCGGAUAUUUUGGAAACGAGUGGUUUUGCAAAAUUGGAUGUCCAAGAGUGACCCAAAUAUCGUGUUGGAUGUUUAUCUUGUUAAUUAUUUGUUCACGACGGACUCAUUCAUUGCCUUUUGAUAAUACAACGGAUCUUUUUGUUCAAAAAUGUCAAAUGGAAUGCAGUUUAAAGAAAGAUUAUACAACUUGCGGCAAAUAUAAAGCCGUGAAAUGGUUAAACGCCAUAGUAAGAGAAAAGGAAUUUAGUUAUGGACCAUUUCGUAUAAUAAGGAUACCAGCGAUUUACAAGCAGUCUUUUUUGCCCUAUUUGCCACGUUCUCAAGCAUUUAAAAGUGGCAUAACAGAAGCCCUGAACUUUGUUAGAGAUAGUGUAGAGGAUUUAUUGACAACACGUGCCAUUGUAUAUACAAUAGACAACUCAGUAGCUGCCAGAGAUUUUUCCUCGAAUCUGAUGUUUAUGGAUGAGGAUGAACUUGAGCGGCUAAAGAAUAGCAAAGAACCGGAAGGCGAUUGGCGAAUUUUCAAGAAGAAGAAAUCUAUAAUACUCCCGGUUCUUAUAUUGUUAAAUUUAGUAAAACUGAAACUAUUGCUAUUACCAAUUUUUCUAGGAGUUCAUUUUAUCAAAAAACUUCUUGUACUUGGAUCAUUAAUUUUACCAUCAGUAUUCGCACAUUUAAAAAUUUGCAAAGUGCCACAUCCUCAUGCGCAUCAUACACAUCCUUACCAACUAUGGUCUACUGCAGCGCACACAUCAGCAGAUUAUCCAACAGGAUACGGACAAGAUGACAGUAAUUGGCAUAGAAACGAUUACCAAUUGGCAUAUCCAAGUUAUCAGAUACUUCGCAAUCCUUACGGGUGAAAAUACAGCAGGUCAAUAUCGCCAGCAGCAACGACAAUUUUCUUAUUUGUUAUCUUUCGAUAAUCUUCCAAAAACGAGCUGCAAAUGUGAGUCAAUUAUAUUGAGGCAUGUGAAAUAACACAUUGGCAAGUAGUGCAAUUACGAUUAAUCUAAUUGUGAUCGGUGUAAUCUUAGUAAUCGCGUAAUUUCCUGUAAAAUCGAUGGUGGCAAUCACGAUGAAUUGAUACGCGCUGAACGAACGUCGUCAAACACUACGCUUAUCUCGGUUACGCUUAUUCGUCGUUUAUUCCAGCAAAGAACGUUCGUGAAAUAACUUUCACAUAGCUUACCGUUAUUUGAGGAACGUGUCGAUAUAUUUUAACCUUUACAACUUACGGACUUUUUAGAAAGGGCACGGUGUUAAGAAUACAUCCGGCUUUUCCUUAAAAUUAAACAAACGGUAAAGAGCGUAAAAUAUCUUUUUUAAUCUUUUAAAACAUUAAUUUAUUACAACUUUCUAUCUUCUAUUUCUUAUUUUAUAUUAUUUAUUACUUAUUUAACAUUAUGAUAAUAUCGAAGAUACAUGGUCUCGUUGCUGAUUGGCUCUGGCUUAUUAUAAACUUGACGACGUUAAUAAAACAUAUAGUGAUUGCAAACUGUAACUGUAACUAGAGAAUGCAUUAUAACAAGUUAAUAUAAUUGAUGAAAUGCCAAAAAUGUAUUGUAUUACUUUUUAUUGGCACUAGCGAAUUAUAAAUGCUAAAAUAAUUAAAUGUUUAUGGUGAGUAAUGAAAGUAAAGCAAAGCGAGUAUGUCUAGUGUGAAAUUCAAGCAAGUAAUACAAGUUUAAUUAAUUUAUUUUCUAAACGUGACAAUUGUAUGACAAAUAUGAUUACAUCAAUACACCGUGAAAUGUCUAUUGAUCUUCGAGAUCAAAAGCAUUUGGCGUGCUUGUGGUAUGUUUCACGUAGGCUGUCUUUCCUCCAAUUUCACAAUAAAAAUCGGAAAGACUACUAUAUCAGGUCAGAAGAACUAUUCGUGGUCAAGGUCACUUGACCGAGUACGAUGGCCCCUCCACUGACCUACUGACAGAUUUGGAUAAGUGCCCGGUUUGUGGUUCAAACGCGUUCACGAGCCAACUCAUGUGUCGCUGCUGUGCGUUCGUGUGUCUAUAUCUUGACCGGUGUGUCCAUGUGCAUACACACGUGUGACCCAUGCACAGGCCGAUCGAAGACCGUUAUCAGCUCGCGGACAGUGCACGACGAGAGGCCAGUCAUCGUAUUUGUCGUCGACACAUAUUUUAGGCAUCAAAUUACUAUUAGAGCUGGUGAAUUUUGUGCUCUCAUCCUUUCCCUUCUUCGAUACGCUUCUCUCGACCCGCCGUCUAUUUAUUGAUAGGAUUAAUCUUAAUUUCUCGACGCCGGACUUGUUAACGCGCUCCGUUCCGAAGCCGCUACGCUGACUCAGAUCGACCCUUUUAAUUCAUACAGCAAUAAUUUUCCAUAUUUCUUUUUAAUAAUUUUUAUUACAAAAAUAUAUGUUGUCUGUCAUAAGAGACAUUAUAGAAUAACAAAAAAUAGCAAACGUGCGAAAGUUGCCUGACACUUUGAUGACGAGCGACAACAAUACUCGAGCUCUACAACAGCAUAGGAAAUGCGAAUCGGAAGCGACACAUCGCGCAUCGCUAUGGCAGGCUAGGCGAUCGAUACGCGGCGUGCACUCGUCCGCGGCAACUCGACCGUUACGUUCUUACGUUAUACGCGAACGAAAAAGUCGCAUUAAUGUAACGGACCAUCGUCUAUGUCACGGCGUUCGACUUGCGUAUCCGUAUCUACGUCGAAUGUAUUUCCUGCGCAUUGUACGAUUUAUGUGUGCUUGAUUCAUGCGCGCGUAUGACGUAGAUGAUUCUAAGUUGUGUGUGUAUGUUAACUACCGGAGGUGCUUCUCAGGAUGCCACAGAUGAAGUUCGUGGAAAGCAGAACCGCAUGGAAUUGAAGGUCUAGCUUAAAUAGAACGGUCCUUCCUUUUUUUUUAAAUGAAAAUUGCCUUUGCGGAAGUCAAUCAAAUUUAUAUUGCGAUGAACGACUGAUACUCCGAGAAGAAAAAUGUUUAGAUAGAACUUCAAUUUUAUGGGCAUCACAUAAAUACUAUGUUGUCAGGUUUUAAUGUCGUUUGAGAAUCUUACACUGUAUGAAUGGACAGUUAUUAAUAAAAUAAGAGGAAUUGAGAGACAAUUCUGUUUGCACAUCGGUCUUUAUUUAAUUCUUUAUUCUUUUAAAUUCUUUUAUGUUUAGCGAAAGCAAAUUGUAUGUUUUAUUUUAUAUUUCUUAUUUAUGUGUGAGUGUGUACAUGCGUAUGAUUCUAUAGUUAUAAGAAAAAUAAAAUUGUAGCAUAAUUAAAUAGCUAAUAUAUCCUCUUUCUUUCCUCUUAAUUGAAAUACACAUUUUUGAGAAUUUUUAACAUUUUGUUAACAGACCAAUUGAUGGAUUGUAACAUUUUAUUACAUUGUUUUAAUAUUUUAAUGUUAAUAUAAAAAUAUUUGUGAAAAUAUAAUUUUUUGUUCUUAUUUCUAUGUGUUUGAAAAUAAAUUAUUUUGGUUACAACUUCUUCUUAGUUAAUUUUGAUGCAUGAUGAGUCGGAUAUGAAUAUCAAUACUUGAAAAGAAACUCUUUUUCUUUCAACAAUAGAUAUAAAAACUAUGAAGAUAUUAUGUGACUUUUAAGAAACAUAAUAAAUGAUUUCAUAGGUGUGUUAUUGACUUGAAUGUGAAACUUAACUAGAAGAAGUGAUACACUGUAUGACUCUCUUCUUAUAAAAGAUACAUUUUUGCGUAAGAAUAUUAUAUGAGAAACUUUUAUUGCAUUUUGUUAUUUUUUUUAUUGCAAUUUGUUAAAUUAUAAAUACUAUAAAAUGCUGGUAAAAGUAUAAAAGUAUAAAAGUAAAAAUACGUAUUAUUAUGGAAAUGUGUUAUAAUUUUCUUAUGAAAACAAAAGGUAUCUUGAAACCAACUUCUUUGCAAUUUAAAAUAGUCACAUAAAAGUUGCAAUUGAAUUUUAAAGAGCGGUCUGUUAUUGACCAUUGUUUCACGUGUAUUAAUAAAGAAAAUUCUUUAGGAAGAAAAAUUGAAAUGCUUUUAUAUACUGUUUUCCAUGAACUCUUUCGAUCUACAAUGCAUGAUUUACAAUGCAAAGUUUGUCAGCAAUAAAGUCCGAGAAGAUUUGUUUUUAUUUGACAACAUCUACAGCAUUCUAACAACGUUCUCGCGAAGCAGAGAUACGCAACUGGCUGAUCAUGGGAUCCGGCCCGCGAGGCUUUCCAAUUCAGCCCAUGUCGUCCAAGCUUGACCCC